GCGGUGCAAAUAUAAAAUCGGGAAUAAGAGAUGCUGGAAAGUAAAUUGAUGUAUGAACAUUACCCAAAGAGUGAAAUCGGCACCAGAAGGUUGUUUAUUCCUUUUCUACUCUGAAGACAGCCGAAGCGAGGAUUUGGUGAAGGAAAAUAGGAUUUCCUAGUUUACUGGGUUUUUCCUCUGUAUUACCAGCACAGACUGUAUCAUCUCCUUCAGUCAUGGCUCCCUCACUGGCCACAGCCUUCUCCAGGCGAUGGUGGAUGGCGAUUACUGCGGUCAUCGAAAACCUGUUGUUCUCUGCUGUUCUGCUCGGAUGGGGCUCACUGCUCAUUAUGUUAAAAUCAGAGGGCUUUUACUCCUACCUCUGCAGAGAACCAGGUAACAGUACAGGGAAGAACAUAUCUGAGAAUGAAAACAAUACGACAGAAGUCCUGAGAGGUGAAGAGGAGGAUAAUCUUCAGAUGAAUGGCUGGUCCAUCUGUAAAGAGCAAGAUGAAAUGCUGAACCUGGCCUUCACAAUCGGCUCCUUCCUCCUCAGCGCCAUAACGCUGCCCCUCGGCAUCAUCAUGGACAAAUACGGCCCACGCAAAUUAAGGCUGCUUGGCAGUGCCUCGUUUGCCCUCUCCUGCGUCAUGAUUGCAUAUGGGGCUAGUGACCCUAGAAAUCUUUCCAUCCUAAUCUUCUUCGCGCUGGCGCUGAAUGGGUUUGGAGGAAUGUGCAUGACCUUCACUUCGCUAACACUUCCCAGCAUGUUUGGUGAUCUCCGCUCCACUUUCAUCGCACUCAUGAUUGGCUCUUAUGCUUCAUCCGCCGUCACCUUCCCAGGAAUAAAGGUGAUCUAUGACCUUGGUGUUGCCUUCAUCACCAUCCUCCUGGUGUGGGCUGGCUGUGCCGGCCUGGUCUACAUCAACUGCUUCUUCAACUGGCCACUCGAGCCAUUCCCUGGACCCGAGGAUAUGGAUUACACCGUGAAGAUCAAGUUCAGCUGGCUGGGCUUUGACCAUAAGAUCACAGGGAAACAGUUCUACAGGCAGGUGACCACCGUUGGUCGGAGAUUGAGUGUUGGCCACUCAAUGAAGAACAAUCCUCAACAGCUGGCCACCCAAGAGGGCAAUAAACUCUGCCUGUCCACCGUUGAUCUGGAGGUCCAGUGCAAGUCUGAGGAGGAAUCCCAGUCCUUCAUGCAGAGCAUCUUUAGCCCCAUAUUCAUGCUCAGCCUCAUCACAAUGUGUGUGACUCAGCUCCGUCUCAUCUUCUACAUGGGGGCCAUGAACAAUAUUCUGGAGUCACUUUCAUAUGGAGACCUAAGCAAAGUGAGCACGUACACAUCUAUCUUCGGGGUGCUACAGUUGCUGUGUCUCCUGACGGCCCCUGUGAUCGGUUACAUCAUGGACUGGAGGCUCAAAGAGUGUGAGGACGAAAAUGAAAAACAAGUUGCAAAGGAUCCUACUCAGCCAAAGAAACGCGACAAGCAGAUCCAGAAGAUCAUCAAUGCCACCCGUGCAUUCAUCUUCACUAAUUUGCUGCUGGUCGGCUUUGGAUUGACCUGCCUUGUUCCCAAUCUUCCUCUACAGAUUUUGUCUUUUGUGUUGCACACCAUUGUGAGAGGCUUUAUCCACUCUGCCGUUGGCGGCUUGUAUGCAGCUGUGUACCCUUCUUCUCAGUUCGGCAGUCUGACGGGAAUGCAGUCCCUUAUUAGCGCACUUUUUGCAUUGCUGCAGCAGCCUCUCUUCAUGGCCAUGAUGGGCCCGCUGGAUGGAGAUCCACUCUGGGUUAACGUGGGGUUACUGGUCUUGAGCAUGCUGGGAUUCUGCCUGCCCAGUUAUCUUCUGUGUUACGGCAGGCGGCUGCGUCGAGAGAAGCAAGAGCGCGAGGAAGACCCCAAGAUCUAUGUCCAGAUCAACAACAGCGCAACCCCUGAGGCCUUUGUCUAACUGCAACGCACAAAUGACAGCAGCUAGCAUAAAGACCAGGAUGAAGGAGGGUGGGAAAUAAAAGAAGAGAACGGAAUGUCACAAGAAGAGUGAUAAACACCUCCCUGAUUCCUCCUCCUGUCUGACACACAUACACACACACUCAUAUUUUCUCAACAGGCACAUACUGUAACACUCAGACAGGCACAAAAUGCAGCCAAAGCAACCAAGAGUCUCACAAUGUGCCACACAAAAACACGUUUACGUGCAAUGGACUGAAUAGACACUGUGAAAGGCAGGUCUAGAAAAACAAAUGAUGCCUUUUACAUACUGCCUGACAAGAAAGAAGCGCAAGCCCCUUUUUUCUCACGAUUUGAUUUCACAGCACAACGAAGCAGAAUCAGUGAAAUCCUCUCAAGUUUGAGGGAGUCAGAUGAUUCCUGAACAGAGUAUUACUGCAUCACUAGUGUUCAUCUAUGUUGCCAAGUUUCUUUCAAACAUUUCUGCAUUUUUGUGAACUGAUUUUAAAUCACUAUGAACACUUUACGUUGCUCUCAGCUAGCGAGAUGAGGACCCUUCAACUGAGGUUUGAAUAUGACAAACUGCCUUCAAGCUGAAUGUGGGUUUUCAUCGGAAGUGGAGAGAUACAUCAUAUACAGUACAAGCAUGCUUUGGACAGCAUGAGCAUGAAACUGCACCUUUUCUGAACUGGGCUGAUUUUAAUGGAUUUCCGGACAUGGCACCUGAGGCUAAUGUAACCUAAACACAAUUGUAGUAUGAGAAUAGUGCUAUUAUUUGCUUUGUUUCAGUACAUCUACAUGCAAGAUGAUGCAUUUUGUACAUAUCGGUACAUUCAGAAGGUGGUAUUUUGGGGAUUAGCCUCACAUUUCGAUCAAGAGACUGAUCUUCACCAGCAAUACUAUUCCACACCAAUCUUACCGUACCCUACACCACUUAGCCAUGCAGUACUGCUGGUUAAGCUUCACUUGUUAGUGUUCUUUCAUUGUAUUGACUCUAACAAUUAUUCAGGGUGUUUCACUUUUAGAGUAAUAAUUCAUAUCAGAUGGAUUCAGCUGCAGUAUGAUCCCUUCUUGCUUUGUUUUGUGCGUUGAGGGGUACAAAAUGAGACACAGUGUACUCUCGGUAAAGAGAUUAGAUGCCAUUAGAUGCAUAAUUACAAAGGUGCAUACAUUAGCCAUUACAAAGUAUAUGCAUUCUAUUCCAACCUCCUUCAUACAUAUAAAACCAGGUUAGCCAUACAAGAUACAAGAUUUUUGUGUAUGUUCUCAUGAUUUCUAGUCAGGUUACCAUUUAACUACGGUGCUUGCUAGAAUAGAAAAGCAGGUCAAGAUGAACAUUAGAGAAACCAAUUGCAGAAUUUAGUUGGCUACUCAACCUUAAGGACUUGAAUUUCAUUCAUAGCGAUUAAAAAAGGGAGACUUUUGAGACAUGCUUGAAGACAAUCCCUUUGGAAGACCCUUAUAUUUGUAGCUUAUAAUCAGUUUCAGGCCAUAUUGGUGCCCUAUGAAAGACAAAAUGUGUUAACUACAUAUAAUCGAGGGAAGGGCAUGGGUCUUUUAGACUGACAUGUUGCAUGACAGAUGGGUAAUUUCAUAAAACAGUAUGAAAAAUUAUGUAAAACCAAUCGAAUAACUUUGAAAUCACGUUUCUUGAUUCCAGUGUUGAUGUUGUUCAGUGAAAGCAUUGAAUUGAAGAUGUUAGGGUUUGGGUUUAGUCACCCUUGCUCACUUUAACAGUAUUUUCACUGUAAACUUAUCUGAAAUAGAUUAUUUCUCCAUAACUGAGAGACAAACGCAGAUGUUUGUAUGAGAUCUUGGAUAGAAUGAAGUAAAUAUCUUCUCAACAGUGGCCAUAAAUGUGACCUUCCUUUGUGACCCGACAGGUCAGAUCCACCCAGCAACAUCCACUUAUUGUCUGUCACAUGUUUUUGUGAAUAUUUUGUCAAAGCCGAGGCUAGAUGUGAGUCCUGUAUGGAUUCACUUGGAUAUUGCAAGUGAAUUCGAAUCUUAAGCUGUACUGUACUAAGCAUAAUGAAUGUGAGAGUGAACUCAUUUGCUCUCAGAAA